AUGGCGACCCCGCGACUUAAUUUUGAUUCGUCUACCCUCCCGAUUGCCCAAUUAGAAUCAUUAAAAUUCAAGGCGAACCAAAUUGUGGAAUCGAUAAUGGCUCUAAGGGCCACAGUAGAUGCGGGUCACCAGAAUAUGAUGCUCCCUUGGCCUGACAUCCUAUCCAAAUACAACAUAUUGCUGUCGCAAACACUAAACUUUUCAAACUCGUUGGGCGCGACCAUCGGGGGCGCUAACCAAACCACCGGUCGCGUCUCAAAUGGAAAUGGAGGCCAACAAAACGUCAGUCCAUAUGAGAAGAUCGCACUGCACCUCAGUUCGGCCGCUUCAGAGAAGGAGGCGGACGAAAUCGCUUUACUAGUGCGCACGUUCCAGCUACCCGAGAUUUUGAAGACAGAGAGCGAUGCAGUCCGCCGACUGGCAGAACGAAUGACCACGCGAGGAUCCCUUGGUGUAAUGGGCGCCGUGCCGCCCCCGGUAUCAUCGUUUGGAACUGCUCGCAAGCCGGAGUACGAGGAUGUCCUCAAAGAAUGUGGGGAAAUCAGAGAGCAGCAUGAUAGGAUGGUAAAUAGAGCGGUGAGAGCGGUUACUAUGCUGAGGGACAAGUACGAUUGGAAGCAGAGAGUUGAAGUGGAAGUUGAAGAACCAGAGGAACUUGAGUGGGACCCUAGGAUGGGGAUGCCGAACGGGGAGCCGCAGGGUGUACCCAGUCUCAACAGCGACGACGACGGCAUGGACGAUAGCCAGGAUGGUAACAGUGAUGAAGACGAAGUUGAAGGAGAACUGGUUCGUACCCCUGCCCCCCAGACGCCCCAACCUACGGACUCCCAGGAGUCAAUGGGUAUGCAGGUACAAGCCCGAACCCCAACUCCAGUUAAUCCUAUGGCAUUGUAA